AUGUGAGAAAGUGACAGAGGAGGAGGAGAGAGCGAGAAUGGAAGCUGCAGCGGCAGCCGGGAGAUAAAAAAGCUUUUCCUCUGCUGACGAGCGAGCGAGCGAGCGAGGGAGGGAGAGAGAAAGCAGGCAGACGUCGUGAACCGGGCGAGGGGGAGGCCGAGAAGCUGUGACACCGUAACUCGUCUCGAGGAGGAGACGCCCUGUCAACCGAGUUGCUGAACAUCAGACCUUAGCGUCAACUGAUGAUCUCAGGAGCAAGGGGGAUCUGCUAGCGGAGCUAAAGCUCCCCUCCGGGGGGGGGGGGGGCAAGGACAGAUCGAGGCUGGUGGUCCUUGCGCAAACUCUGGAUUUGUUGUGCCGUCCGUCGCACUGCGCCACCUGAUGGAGGCUCGAGCUGGCACGCUGACAAAAGCUUUACGGCCGGCUGGCAGCAAUGAAUGAAACUCCUCGACGUGGCUGACGUCAGUCUCGAGAUCGAAGAAGAAGUCGGCCACGCUCGCUCGUUUCUCCGCAGCUGGCGUCCACCGGGAAACAACGUGCAAGCAGAAAGGAUUUCCACAUGAUGCCAUGCCUGCCGGGAAUUAGUCGCCGCUAUGUUUUGAAGUCUGCAAGACCAGCAGCUCACGCCGACGACAACCGUCCAGCAAUCUGCGAGACGAUUGGCCGAGCUCGGCAGCAUCCCGUCUUUGCAUUGGUCGGCCGUGCUCGGUGUUUCCCUCGCAACCAAUCGGGACGCCGCGCACGGCUCGGAAAGCGCAGCUUUCAUUCACUACACGGAACAUCCACCGCAUCUCCUUUUAAUACCUCCUCCGGAUCGGAACCCCACCGGGGAUGACCUUUCACCCACUCAAAGCCACGCGGAUUUUCCUGCUUCUGGUGUGCCCCCGCGUCCUUGAACGCUCACAGAAGUCUUCCGGAUAUUAAAAAAAAAAACAUAAAUAGGGCAGGUGCUAUGUGUGUGCUGAUUCUCUGACUGCGGCUUGAGAGUGCAGGCACUCUCACAAGAUGACCACGUAAGAUGCGGCGGGGUGGGGGUGAAGCGGCCACUGAAUCAUUUAUCGGCUGAGGAAGGUUCCAUCUCGCAGCGCGCAUCCAUAUUGUUUGUCAGCUCCUAUAUGCUUUCCCAUUCGGGACUCAAGACGAGAAGAUGGGGAACUCCAUGGGUUGCGUCAGGGCUCCGCCAGACUCUGAACUUGUCGGAGAGCCUCCGCUGUCAUCCAAGAAGCGAUUACGUUUCAGGCGGAGGCGCAAGGGACGCAAAAACAGGAAAGUCGAUGUCCAAGAUGCCGUCGAGGCGAAGCCUUCUUUUCAAGGAACUUUGGACUCUCCUCUAACGUUGGAACACUCCAGGAUGCUUUCGCCCGUAUCUGCGUAUUCUCCCACCGUCAACCUUCCCCAAGCUCAGCGUAGUCCCAAACUCAGUCCGGGCUGGAGAGGAAUUUUCUGUCUCCCCGGCGAGGAAGACGCCGCCAGUGCCAUCGUGGACGUCUCCAGCAUCCCUGGCCAAACUGCCGCCACCGCGGUGACUCCGGGUGGUAGCGCCACCCCGGGAGGGGGGAGGCUCUGCCGCGUUCGAGAGAAAGUCCACGGCGUCCUGGAGAAACCUUCUGUGCUUGAAGAAGAGAAAGCAAAGGGUGAGAGGACGCUGCCUGAAAGGAUUCAACGACGGCAAGUCGAGACGAUGCCUUCUUCGGGAGAGCACAACGGCGUGGUCCACAUCCGAGAGGUGGAUGGGAAGCUCUGCGUGGUGCAGACGGUGUACCCCAGCGAUUACGGCUCUCCGGCAUGGAGGGCCCAAAGUGACCGUGAAGUGGAGGUCCACAAAGAGGCUCCUGCUCCUUUCCCGGUUGCAGGACCUAUUCUCAAAGUCCACCUGUCGGAGGACGAAGGAGACACGCAAGAGGAGGCCUUCGACCAAAUAUGGAUGGCGGACAACAUGGCCGCCGCCGAAGGACUUAGCUUACACACGCCGAGUCGAGCGCAGGAGAGAUACUCUCUCUUGGAGUCGGGCUACGCCAGCGACCUCCCGCUGACCUCGCCAGAAACGGCCGUCACCACUCCCAGCCGGGGGGACUGGCAGACGUUGCUAAGCGCUAGCUCGGAGGAGAAACUGGACGCGGCGGCGGCGGAGACGGCGCUGCAGCAACGGGCUGCAACUACACAACUGCCGCAGAUUUCCGAGAUUUACGUGUGCGGCGAGUCGGGCGACCUCACCGCCAAGGAGAAGCUGCUGCUAUGGAGCCAGCAGGCCACCGAAGCCUACCCGGGCCUCCGCUGUGUCAACUUCACCUCGUCGUGGAGCGACGGACGCAUGUUCAACGCUCUGCUGCACCGAUACAGACCCGACCUGAUCAACAUGGAGGCGGUGGCACAGCAGAGCAACCGUGAGAACCUCGAGCAGGCCUUUGAGAUUGCCGAGUCGCUAGGGGUGACCAGACUGCUGGACGCCGAGGACGUGGAUGUUGCGUCCCCAGACGAGAAGUCGGUCAUCACGUACGUCUCGUCCAUCUAUGACGCCUUCCCCAAAAUCCCAGAGGGAGGCGAGGGCAUUGUCGCACACGAAGUGGAUCAGCGCUGGUCCGAGUAUCAGUCCAAGUUCUUGUCUCUGCUCCAAUGGAGCCGCCAGCAAACGGCCAUCAUGGCUAACAGGAACUUUCCACAGAACCCAGUAGAACUCAAGGCACUUUACAACGAAUACGUCCACUUUAAGGAGACGGAGAUUCCCGCUAAAGAGCUGGAAAAAAGUCACGUGGAACACCUCUAUAAACUUCUGGAGGUGUGGAUGGAGUUUGGCCGCGUGAAGCUUCCUCAGGGCCUCCACCCCAACGACUUGGAGGAGGAGUGGGGUAAACUCAUCCUGGAGAUGCUGGAGAGGGAGAAGGUUCUCCGACCUGCAGUGGACAGGCUUGAGUUGCUGCUCCAAAGAGCAAACAAAUUCCAGAACCUGGCCUUGGACUGCGAGGAGAAGCUCACCCUGGCAAAGAACACGCUACAAGCCGACAUGUCGCGGGCGGAGAGCGGCGAGACGGCGCAGUGCGGGAGCGAGCUGGCCUGCUACCUGCAAGACUGCGAGGCGCUGACGGCACAAAUGCAGCAGGAGCUCAAAGUUCUCCGGAGUGAAAAGUACUACCAAGUGGAGCAGCUCGCAUUCAGAUUGUCGUGCCUUGAAGAGGAGCUGGUGUCUCUUCGACUUCAGUGUUCCAGCCUGUACAGAAAAGGUCACUUUGCGGGGGGCGAGCUUCUCAGCCGGCGCGCCCCCGUCGAGGCCCCCGGGCUUUCUCUGGGACAGACCCUGCUGGGGGCCGCCGGGGCCGCCCUGAUCCGCCGCCCCAUGGCACGUUCCCAGCUGGUGGCCAUGUCUUCGUCUGAGGACGAGGGCGGCCUGAGGUUCAUCUACGAGCUUCUGGGAUGGGUGGAGGAGACACAGGAGCUUCUGGAAGGAGCUGAAUGGGGGGCGGACCUUCCUUCUGUGGAGAACAACCUGCAGGAACAUAACAGUGUGCACACGGCCGUGGAGGAGCUGAUGAGCGGCUUGCAGGAGGCUCGCAGCUACGAGGCCAAAGUGUCGGUCAACUUCAGAAGCAACUACUCUGAGACGCUGGCUAAACUGGAGCAGCAGUACUGCAAACUACUGGAGCACUCGUCGUGGCGGCUCCGCAGCCUGGAGAGUCUUCAUGCGCUGGUGCGCGACUGCACCGAGGAGCUGAUCUGGCUGAACGAGCGCGAGGAGGACGAGAUCGCCUUCGACUGGAGCCACAACAACACCAACAUGGACGCCAAGCAGGAGAUGUACAGCGAGUUGAGGCGCGAGCUGGACGAGAAACACGACGUGAUGCGCUCCCUCCAGGAAACAGUGCUUCGCCUGUGUCAGGAAAACCAUCCGGCCAAGCAGACUCUGGAGGCGUACAGCGCGGCGCUGCAAACGCAGUGGCAGUGGGUGGACCAGCUUUGCGUGUGCGUGGAGCAACACCUAAAAGAUAACACGGCCUACUUCCAGUUCAUGAGCGACGCGCGCCACUCCGAGACGUACCUGAAGCAGCUUCAGGAGAGCAUCAAGAGGCAGUACACCUGCGACAGGAACAGCCGUCUCAGCAGGCUGGAGGACCUACUGCAGGAUUCCAUGGAGGAGAAGGAGCAGCUGAUCGAGCACCGGGGGAAGGUGGCCAGUCUGGUGGGCCGCGCCAAGACGCUGGUGCAAUUGCGGCCCCGCUGCGCCGACACCCCUCUGCGGGCGGCCACGCCAGUCCGCGCCGUCUGCGACUAUAAACAAAUCGAGACAAACGUUCAGAUCACCAUCAUCCGUGGCGAGGAAUGCGUGCUGGAGGACAACGCCCAGCGCAGCAAGUGGAAAGUGAUCAGCCCCACGGGCAACGAGGCCAUGGUGCCGUCCGUCUGCUUCACUGUGCCGCCGCCCAACCAGGAGGCCAUCGAUGCCGCCGGCAGGACGGAGCAGUUGUACCAGCAGGUGAUGUCUUUAUGGCACCAGCUGCACAUCAAUAUGAAGAGCGUGGUUUCCUGGCACUACCUCCUUAAAGACCUCGGCGCUGUCUCCGAGUGGAACCUUGACACGGUCCGCAGCCAAACCCCGUCGGAGCGGCAGCAAGUCCUGGACCACCUGGACUCCCACCUAUCGGACUUCCUGUCCGACAGUAGAGAGAGCUCGCUCUUCACGCCGGCCGAGCGACGCGAGCUGGAGGCGGACGUCCAGCAGGCGCAGCUGCGCUGCCGCGAACUGCUACUCAGCAUGGAGAGCGAGGAGAAAGAUGAGUCUGUGUCACGCUCGUACAUGUCGGAGCUGCAGAACGUCACCUUGCGUCUCAAAGAGGCCGAGGAGAGGUUGAUCGGCGCCAUCCAGACGUCCGGCCGGCUCGCUGACGACAGCGCCGAUAACGCCGUCAGGAUAGCCGAGCAGGAGGAAGUGGAGCAUGAGCUGGACGCACUUCGCUCCAACCUGGGCGACGUGUCUCGGCGCUGCGUGGCCUUCUUGGAGGACAAGCCGGCGUCCUCGGGCGUCCCCGCCCUGCGCUCGGAACUCAACCGGGCCGUGGAGAAGAUGGACAAGCUGCACCACCUCUCGUCCGUCUUUCUGCAAAAAUUAAAAAUGGUGGACGUGCUGAUGCGCUGCCUGGAGGAGGCGGAGAGUCAGGUCAGGAAGUACGAGAGCAGGCUGAGCGAGGAAGACAUCAUUCCUGCCGACGCGGCGGCCAUCCAAAGUCUUCGAGAUCAAUUAGGGAAGUGGCAAUGCGAGCUGUCCGACCAAGAGGGCGUCUUUGAAUCCCUGCAGUCGGACGUCCUCCGGGCCAAAGAGGCGGCGUCCCACCUCGCCGCAAUCCACCCGGACCGCAACCCCGAGUUGGAGCGCUACCAGGAACGAGCCGAUCAAGCGGCGGAGCGGUGGAGCGGCGUGAAGAAGCAGAUGGAAACGAGGCGGGCGGAGCUGCAGGCCAUCGCUUCGGUUCUGCAGCAGUACAGAGACGGCCACUCGGAACUGACGACGUGGAUCCAGGAGACCACGCAGCGGCAGGAGAACACACCGGCCGGGACCACUGACAGCAAAGCGCUCUCCGAGGAACUGGCGCAGCAGACGGCUUUAGUAGCCGAGAUUGAAGAGAACCAGACCAAACUAGACGAUUGCCAAACUCACUCCAAACAGUACUGCACCUCAGUCAAGGACUACGAGCUUCAGCUGAUGACUUUCAGAGCCUUCGUGGAGUCCAUGCACAAAUCGCCAGUGAAGAGGAGGAGGAUGCACUCUUCCUCGGACGCCAUCACUCAAGAGUUCAUGGACCUCCGCACACGCUACACGGCCUUGGUCACGUUGACAACGCAACACGUCAAAUACAUCAGCGACGCCCUCCGGCGACUCGAAGAAGAAGAGAAAGAAGUGGAGGAGGAGAAGCAGGCCAGGGUGGGUCAGGUGUCGGACCUGCUGGCUUGGAUCGGAGGUCUUCAGGGACGGAGCGCCGGCCCCAACGCCGAGUCGUCACUCGCCGCGCAACAGGCCAUCAGCGAGCAACUUGCCGCCAAGAAAGACGACGUGGCCGAAGCCAUCCGAAGCACGCAGGUCUUUCUUCUCUCCAAACAAGCCGCCAAACUGUCUCCGGACGAGCGCGCCCACGUGGAGGCGCAGCUGGGCCAGCUGACGUCAACCUACCGUGACAUGUGCGAAGCCUCCACGCAGCAGAUGCAGCAGCUGGAGCAGCAACUGGCCAAGGAGGAGGAGAGGAAGAUAGCACCUUGCAUCGCCGGGGUGCUGGACUUGGGGAGCGUGGAAACUUUGCCAGUCUUCCAAGCCGCCCAGCGGGGUCUGAUUGAUCAGGACACAGCUCGCUUUCUCUUGGAGGCCCAGGUCGUCACCACAGGGGGGCUCAUCUCAUCUGAUGGUCUCAUCGUCCUCUCCGUGGACGCGAGUCUCAGCGAGGGUUUGAUUGACGCUCACGCUAGGGAGUCCCUCUCAAAGUUGGAAAGCGCUCGGCUUCUGGUGGAAUCCGCGACCGGUGGGCAACAACUGAGUGUGCGUGCGUUUGCUUCAGCUGUAGAGUCUGGGCUCAUUUGUGAGGAGGCGGGACUUUGUAUUCUGGAAAUUCUCAUGAGAGAAGAAGACUUGACGCUCUUGACGUCCAGGAGCCUUCAAGCCAAGCUUGAGUCCAGGCUCCAACGUAGAGAGCUGAUCGAUCCAAACACAGCGGAGAAAGUCAGCCUGAGUGAGCUGCUUCGCCGUUGCGUCCCGAACGACGACGACUCGGGUCUUCUACUUCCCGUCAAACAGCAACCCGGAGGAAGCGUCUGCCUUCGCUCCGGGAGAAAAGUUGGCAUCUUCCGCGCCAUUGAGGAAGGCCUGAUUGACCGGCAAGUGGCCAAGCGACUCCUGGAAGCUCAGCUGUAUGCCGGUGGGAUCGUGGACCCCCGAUCUGGACACCGGCUGACGGUUCACGAGGCCAUUAGUCAUGGACUGGUAGACCAGGACUUGGCUUGCUCCUUGUUGGUGCGACAGCUCCAAAACGGCGGCAUUCUCGAUCCCGUGACUCGAGAACGUUUAGAUUUGGAGGGCGCUAUCCAUCUGGACCUCCUUUCUGCUCGUAUGGCUCUGUCGGUCCUUGAAUCCCUCCAGACGUUUAUGGGGAUGAUGUGGCCCGGAUCUGGUGAAGUCCUGUCCAUCGCGGAGGCUCUUGAGCAAGGAGUCGUCUCCGGGGAGCUGGCACGGAACAUCCUCAAGCAGCGUAACGCCGUCGGAGCGUUGUACAACCCGGAAACUCUACAGUUGCUGCCCUUUGAGGAAGUUCUGGAGCCCAGUGCCGUCCGUGUACUCAAAGACAUCCAUUUGCCAGAUGUUCACCCCAACCUGAAUCGUCCAAGUUUGGGUUCUUCAAGCUCCUCUGCUGAGCCGAUGGAUGCAGCGGAUGCCCGCCAGCAAGCCGAACACAAGCUGCUCUUCCAUCUCACGACUCACAGCUACGUAAACGCACACUCAGGGGAACGCAUUGUGAUCUUUGACCCCGAGUUGCCGGAGGUCGUGAACGCGAUUCAGCCAGAGCGGCGGAUUCUGAAAGGUGCUUCAGUUGAUCCAGCAACUGAUCUGCGAGCGAGCAAUCUCAAUGACGCGGUUGCUUUGCUUUCUCGUGACCUGGCUUCAGAAAAACAGAAGGUGACUCCUUUGAAGAUCAAAAUGGAUGAUGAUAUCUCACCUAACAUCACCUCAUCGGAGAGCUCGCUUGGACCUGAAGUGGACAAGCCUCCAGAACCUGAUUGUUCCAUGGACCUUUUGAGUCACUUUGCUGCAAAUGUUGAGAAGAGAAUCCAGCAAGCCAUAGAGGACGCCAUACCACAGAUCACAACUCUUGAGAAGAUUCUCGAAGCAAAAACUGAAGAUGAAUUUGAGAUGACCGUCCUGGAUGGUCCACCAAUUGAUUGCAGAACUGAACACGCAAGCGACAAAAAGAAAGAACCCGUCAAGGGGAACGACGCAGAAUGGGAGAAGACUUUGAGCUUUGAAAAAGAGGCUUCUGUUGCCGUGGAGAAGCAAGAACCACUUUUGGAGGCUAAAGAAAGUAAAAGCAAGAAAAAGAAGAGGAGUAAAAAGAAGGCAAGAAUAACAGAGGAAGAACCGAAAACACAGCAACCGGAAAUCAAAAUUCCGUCGGAAACAUCUCAGCUGGAGAAAGCUUCGUUUAGUGAGGACAAGACGGUUCAUGAGGACAACGCUGAGUCACAGACACAAGCAGAGGUCCAACCUCAACCACCUCAAAAUGAAGAAACCAGGCAUGUGAAAGGAGCAACUGACAAGACGGUGCAGCCGAGAAGAGACUUGGAGGUGUUAGAGGACAAGAAAGUUGUUGAGGAAGUCGAGAAGAGCGAGACCACAGAUAUAACACGAAAGAGCGACGAGAAGUACAAAGUUGGAGAUUGUUGUGAAAAAGUUGCAAGACAAGCUGCACAAUGUGAGGCCCCGUGCACACGAGCAGAACAAGAGAAGAAAGAGGAACAACCAGUUGAAGCCACCAAAAGUUUGGACGUUAAGUGUCCAGAAACUGCAACGCUCCCGUCAGACGACGUUUGUGCUGAUUCCGGAUCAGCAGCACUUCCUGAGCCACUUCCAGUUUUUGCUAGUCAAGGAGCAGAAGAUGAGAUGUCAAGUGAAGAUGACGUGACCUCCACUUCUGGCAAGGCGGCGUCGCUCGUGCGUCAGGAGUGCUUGGAGCAUGACCAGAGGAUGGUGGCGCUUGUCUCCAUGGUCAGACACGUGGAGGUCCGACUCAAACAGCAGCAGCAGCAAUCGGUGGGACGCAGCCUUGGCGCCUUAGAUGACAUCAUCAGGCAGGCGCAGGAUCUGGUCGUGGAGCUACGAGACCUGGAGCCUGAAGUUAGCGUAGAAGCCAAGGCCGCUCAGAAGCUCUCGAUGCUUCACCGCAGAGAUGUUCCUCCGCAGCUCAUCAGGGCUCUGGAGAAAGACCAGCAGAGCUUGACGCGAACGUACCAGACGGCCAGAACACUUUGUGAGGACGUCCUGCAAAACCUGCAAAACCACCGAGAUUCAUACAAGGAGGCCGUCGAAGCUGAGCUGAAGUCACUAGGGGGCAGAGUGGAGGCUCUGAUGUCCUGGUUGAGAGAAACAGAGGUGCUUGUCAAUGACGAGACGGACCAAGAUGGCCAUCAGUUGCGUCUUUCCGAGGAGCUUCAGUCCGCCCUGGCGUCUCGCUCCGGCGACGUAGCCCAGGUGGCCUUGGAUAUCCAACUUUUUGUCUCAGAGCGGGCACAGGACCUGCCGCCCCGCCAGAGCAGGCGCCUUCUGGGGCAGCUACAGCAGCUGCAGGGGGCCUUCCACAACGCGGCGGGCCAAACUCGGGCUCGGGUCGCCGCUCAGCGCCAACGUGACGAAGAGGAGGAGUGGCGGCGCCAGCAGAACCGUAGCGCUGACCUUGAGGAGAAACCAAAGGAGACAGAGGUGGUCCAGCAACAGAAAGUGGAAUGUUCUCACAAACUGGAAGAUCUCAAUGCCUGGUUGGCAGGAGCCGCCGCCGCUCUGGCCAAUCAGAAAGCAGAACCGACCGUGGAAUCGGACGACAUGAACGUCUUGCAGGUCAAGCAGGAGAAGUUAAAGGAAGUACAGAAGGACCUGCGGAGCCGUGCGGAAGACGUGGCCGAGGCCAUCCGCUCGGCGGAGGACUUGCUGGCCGAGCGACGGGAAAGCUUAAGUGCAGAAGAGCGAGAGGGCCUGCAGGUGGCGCUAGCGCAGAUGAAAGAGCAGUACGCCGCCCUGACGGAAGCGGCCAAAGCGUCCGUGACGGAGGUGGACGCUUCCGUCAGCGCUAUGUUGCAGCACAACACGCAGAAGGCAAAAGCUUUUGAGGAGCUUCAGCAGACCCAGGACCAGAUAGACUCGCUGCUGAAGGACUUGUCAGCCGCUCAUGGAUCAGCAGCUCACGACGUCACCGACCUGCCCUCCUCGCAGCCCGACGAUGCAGUCACAUGCCACACGGGGGCGCUGCAGGCCGAACUUCAGAGGCUGCAGGCUCAGCAGGCCCAGCUCCUCCAAAUCAGCCAGUCAGCUCGCACGUUGCUGGACCAACCCGACUCCACAGUUCCUCCUGAGGAGAAGCGACGACUGCGAGCCACGCUGGACCGGCUGCAGGCCGAACACCAACAGAAGCUUCACGGCUGCCAGGAGCGACUGAGGAAAUCCGAGGCGCUGAAGGACGAGCUGGCAAAGUAUCUCCAGGAACACGGCGAUCUGAGCACCUGGCUGGAGCAGAGCGAACAGGAGCUGAAAUGUUUGGGGGAAGGCGAAACGGACGCUCAAGAACUGAAGAACCGGCUGGAGGAGCACAGAAAGCUGGCCGAGGACGUCAUCUGCCACAAGGCCGACCUGCGCUUCGUCUCCAUCUCGGGUCAGAAGGUCCUGGACUCCUGUCAGGGCGUUCUCGAGCAGCAAGAGGGCGCCGGCGAUGCUGCCGCUCUGGAAGCCACCAAGCAGCUGGUGACCGACAAGCUGCAAGACGCUAACCACCGAUAUACCUCACUCCACGCCAAGUCGUCAGAGUUGGGCGGCCGCCUGUCGGGCCUGCUGGAGCGCUACCAGCAGUACCAGGAUGAGGUGGUCUCGCUCCAUUCGUGGCUCAGCGCCCAGGAACAGAAUCAAAGCAUCGCCAAGUCCGGCGGAGACACCGACCCCCAUGACCUGCAGGACACACUGCGGCAAGUCCAGCUGCUACAGGACGAGCUGGCUGAGCGUUCGGUCCAAUUGGAAAAGGUAAAGCGAGCCGGAAGAGUUCUGGUCAGCGCCGACGAAUCUCCCUCCCUGAAGGCCGUGGACAUCCUGUGCGCCGCAGACGGUUUAGAGAAGAGGUUCUCGUCUUUGUCGGCGUCCGUAUCGGAACGGGCCGAGCAGCUCCAAACGGCCGUGGCCCAGUCUGUGAGCGUGCAGGAGGGCUUGAAGGCUCUGCUGGCCUGGCUCGACACGCUAGAUUUGGACCCCGCGCCCGUGGAGCCCACGGCGCAGGCGCUCCAAGAUGCCCUCACUCAGAACCAGAAACUUCGCCAGGAGCUGCUCUCACGGCAAGGCAGCGUGGAGGCCACACGGGACUCGGUCUCCAAGCUGCUCCAGAGCCCCGACGCCUCUACGGCAUCGGGCCUGCAGGGAGCGCUGGACGAGCUGACGCGAAGGUUCGCCGCCGCUCAGGUCAGCCAAGCCGAGCGGGAGGCGGAGCUUAAACGCUUGCUGCCCCGACUUGAGAGCUACGAGCGACUGGCGGCCGACCUGCAGGUCUUCAUCCAGAGUCGCGGCAAGGCUCUGAGCCCGGCGGGGCAGCCCGAUCGUAGCGUGGACGACUACAGGCAGACGGUGGAGGAAGUGAAGUCGGAGCUGCAACAGGAAGCUCCUCAGCUCAAGUCCUUCUGUGACUUGGCAGAAGAAGUCAGCACGUCACAAGUUUUGGGUCGUACGCAAAGCCUGCUGGGACACGUCAAAGGCGUGUCGGAUGACUUCAAGCAACUGGAGGACGACGUCAACCAAAGACUGGCGGCCAUUUUGGCUUGUGAGCAGCAGCUGCUCCACUUUCGCGGGCUCUCCGGCUCCGUCCUUCGGUGGCUGCAGGCGGCGCAGGAGCAGCUGCCCGCCAAGGAAGUCGCCUUGGACACGGAGGCGCUGCAGAGGCGAGUGCAGCAGCUGCAGGAGCUGUUGAAGGAGUGGGAGUCGCAGGCGUCCAGGGUGCAGGAGUUGAACAAGAGCGGCUCCGAGCUGGAGGCGCAAGUCAUCGACAUCACGACACCGCAGAGUAAAGCAGGUGCUCCCCAAAUCAACGGCUCUGCUCCCGGCAGCGUCAACGGCAUUCAUACUUGCAAAGACCUGACGGAGAUCCAAGUGGCCGUGUCUGACGUCAACGCCCGACACGAGGCCCUGGGCGCGGACCUGACGGAACGCCUGGGCCGCCAGCGGGCCUCGCUGGAACAGAGGCAGCAGGCCAGGCAAGGCGCAGAGGAACUGCAGAUCUGGCUGAAGGACAAAGAGAAGAACCUCGCGCAGGGACACGCCGCCUCACCAUCCAAGCCAGAAGUGGUGCGCGCCCAGGCCCAGGAGAACAAGGCGCUGCUGUCGGAGUUGGCCGAGCACUCGGCCAGGGUGGAGGAGCUCAAGGGAACCUUGAGGAAGCUCAUCGCCGACAACCCCGACUCCCCCGAGGCCGACGCGUGGCGGCAACAGCUGCAGGAGAUUGACGCCCGUUGGCUCGCGGCCAAUCAGACGGCAUCGCAGCGUCAGGCGGAGCUGGAAGCGUGCGCCGACCGGCUGGGCAGCUUUACCGCGGCUGCAUCUCAACUGGGCCCGUGGCUGCGUGAGAAGGAGCUCAUGAUGAGCGUGCUCGGACCUCUCAGCAUCGACCCCAACAUGCUCAACACCCAGAAGCAACAAGUGCAGUUCAUGCUGCGGGAGUUUGAGACUCGUCGCCCACAGUUCGAGCAGCUCACCCAGUCGGCCGAGGGCAUCCUCUCGCAGACGCAGGACCCCAAAGAGCAGGAGGAGGUCCGGGCCGAGCUGGACUCGGUCUCCCGGCAGUGGCGCGACCUGACGGGCAAACUGGACCAACGCUCGGAGCAUAUCGACCAGGCGCAAGGCACCAGCGAGCGCUACCAGGCGUUGUUGCGCGAGCUCUCCGCCAGCGCGGCGGCGCUCGCCGAGCGUCUGGACGGCCAGGCGGAGCUGAGCGCUCGGCCCGAGGCGCUCAGGCAGCGCCUGCAGGAAACGGGCGAGAUCCGCUCGGAACUGGAGAGGCGGCGCGGCGAGCUGGCCGAGGCCGAGCGGCUGUGCCAAGAGCUGAGCGCCAUCGUGGCCGAACCUUACUUGAAGGACGAGCUGAAGAAGAGGCUGGAGAGCGUCAGCGGUCCGCUCAAGAGCUUGGAGGAACGCGCAGCGGACGGUCUGUCUCAGCUGCAGGCCGCUCUAUCAUCUACGCAGCAGUUCCAGCAAAUGUUCGCCGACGUGCGCUCGUGGCUGGACGAGCAGGUGGAGCUCCGGGACUCGUCGCUGGACGCGCUGCCCUGCCAUCCCGAGGCGGUCCGCUUGCUGCUGUCCACCGCCGCCGACCUCCAGCGCUCCGUCGCCGCCCAACGGGGCUCCUACGAGCUGAUCCAGGCCGAGGGCGUGUCGCUGCUGGCCGCCCUGCCUGCCGGCGGCGACGAGCGCGCCGCCCUUCAGUCUCGCCUGACACACCUGCGGCAGGACUGGGAGGACGUCAACGGGCGGCUGGCGGAGCGGGAAAACCGACUGAAAAGUACCCUGAGCAAGGCGGAAAGCUACCAGCGGCACAAGGCCGAGUUGGCUCCCUGGCUGGAAGAAUGCGAGGAGAAAGAGGCGGAGAUCCAGCCGUCGCUCGACACGGCGGGCUUAGAUGACGCCCUGCAGAAAGCCAGGGGGCUCGCACUAGACCUAGAGAGACGACAACCCCAACUGGAGGCCUUCAACGCCGCCGCCGAUCAGCUGCUGGAGCAGUGUUGUGUCGGAGACGACGAGGUCCGAGACGAGAAGGCGCAGCUGAACCGGCGUCUGGACGCCCUUAGCGAGUGUCUCCUCGGCCGCACGUCGCAGCUCGAGGAGCUCUCGAGUCGCCUCAAGGAGUUUGAGGAAGGUCGGCAAGCGGUGGAGAGACGCCUGGAGGCCGCCAAGCACCAAAUUGAAGUCCAGGAGGCGCUAGGACCUCAGGCUUGUAGCGCAAAGAGCUUGGAUAGGCUGAGGAGCCAGCAGGAGAACCUUACAUGCCUACAGCCUCAGGUGGUCUACCUGCGCGACCUGGCUCAGGGGCUGGUGCAGGACGCCCCCCAGAGGCCGGAAGGCGGCGCUGAGGGCACCCAGAGGCUGCAAGAGCAGGCCAAACACACCCAGAGCGAGUUUGACGACGUCAGCAGCAAGCUGGAGCAGUGUUGCUCGGCGCUGGAGUCGCGUCUCCACGGCGUGGGCGAGGUCCAGGCGCACGUGCGCGACGUCUUCUCGCGCCUGGCCGACCUGGACGACGAGCUGGACUCGCUGGGCCCCGUCGGCCGCGACGCCGACUCGCUGGCCUCGCAGGCGGACACGCUGACCGGCUUCCUGUCCCGUCUGGCCGGCCUGCGCGGCGAGCUGGAGACGCACGCCGCCGAGUGCACGGCCAUGCUGCGCCGCGAGGGUUCCUCGCCCGACCUGCUGGCCCUCAGGCGCGAGACCGAGGCGCUCGGGCGCCAGGCCGGCAAGCUGGGCGAGCGCGGCCAAGCACGUCUGGUGCAGAUCCAGGACGCCUCCGAGCGGGUGGGCGACUUCUACCGGCUGGUGGGCGAGCUACAAGGCCUGCUAGGGGCCGCCGAGCAGGGUCUGAACGCGCAGGCCGCCGUGGGCUCCGAGGUGGACGUCAUCAAGCAGCAGCUCGGCGACUUUAAGGCUCUGGAACGAGAGCAAGUGGACGGCGUCCAAGCCAAGCUGCAGCACGUCAACGCUGUCGGCCAGGGUCUGAUCCAAAGCGCCGCCAAGAACACGGACACCCGGGCGUUGGAGCACGACCUGGACCAAACCAACCAGAGAUGGAACUCGCUCAACAAGAGGGUGGCCGAGAGGAUCGCCCAACUGCAGGAGGCCCUGUUGCAUUGUGGCAAAUUCCAGGACGCCUUGGAGCCGCUGCUCAGCUGGCUGAGCGACACCGAGGAGCUGGUAGCCAAUCAGAAGCCGCCGUCGGCCGAGUACCGCGUGGUCAAGGCCCAGAUUCAAGAGCAGAAGCUGCUCCAGAGGCUGCUGGACGACCGGCGGCCCACGGUGGAGAUGAUCCGCGCCGAGGGCGAGCGCAUCGCCGCCACCGCCGACGCUCAGGACCGAGAGAAGAUCCAGAGCCAGCUACAAAGUCUGGCCCAGAGGUGGAACGACCUCCUGGACAAGGCCAGCUCCAGGCAAAGGCAACUGGAGGAGCUGCAGGUGCUGGCGCUCCACUUCCACGAGGCUCUGGAGCCGCUAGGCGAGUGGCUGAGCGCCACCGAGAGACGCGUCAGCUCCGCCGAGCCCAUGGGAACCCAGACGGCUAAGAUCAGCCAGCAGAUCGUCAAGCACAAGGCCAUCCAAGACGAUGUGUGCGCUCGAGAGUCGGACGUAGCGCACCUGCGUUCCCUCAGCCAAUCGCUGGCUCCGCUCAGCUGCGCCUCGGACCGGGAUUGGCUGGGCGAGCGCGUGGAGGCGGUCCGCUCGGGCCACGCCCAGCUUUCCGAGUGGUGCGAGCGGCGGGCGGCGCUGCUGGAACAGGCGCUGGCCAACGCUCGGCUUUUUGGCGAGGACGAGGUGGAGGUGCUCAACUGGCUGGCCGAGGUGGGCCAGCGACUGGCGCUGGUGUCGGUGCAGACUUACCAAGCCGACGUGCUGGCCGAGCAGCACAAGCACACGCUGUCACUCAACGAGGAGAUUGUAAGCAGGAAGAAGACAGUGGACCAAGCCGUCAAGAACGGGCAAGCUCUUCUCAAGCAGACCACAGGCGAGGAGGUUCUGCUGAUUCAGGAGAAACUGGACGGCAUCAAGUCUCGCUACGCCGAGAUGACGGCGGGCAGCAGCAAAGCGCUGCGCACGCUGGAGCAGGCGUUGCAGCUGGCCACGCGUUUCGCCAGCGCCCACCAUGACCUCAACCAAUGGCUGGACGCCGUGGAGGCCGAGCUCAACGACGUGGAGCCCGACGCCUCGCCCGCCUACCAGGAGCGACAGAAGGAGUUGAAAAAAGUGUCAGCCGAGAAGCGUCUGGUGCUGGACACCCUCAACGAAGUGGGCAGCGCCCUGCUGGACUUGGUGCCCUGGCGAGCCCGCGAGGGUCUGGACCGACUGGUCGCCGACGCCAACCAGCGCUACCGACAAGCCGACGACACCAUCACGCAGCGGGUGCAGCUCGUGCAGGCCGCCAUCCAGAGGUCGCAGCAGUACGAGGAGGCGGUGGACGCCGAGCUGGCCUGGCUUGGCGAGACGGAGCGCAAGCUGGCGUCGCUAGGCCCGCUGAGCCUGGAGCCCGACGUGACGGUGGCCCAGCUGCAGGUCCAGAAGGCCUUCAACAUCGACAUCAUCCGCCAUAAGGACACCGUGGACCAGCUGCUCGCCACUCGGGACGACAUUCUGGAGACGUGCAGCGACGCCCAGAAGGACGCGCUGAUGGUGAAGACGGAUUCCUUGAGCGCCCGCUACGACGCUGUCAACCAGAACCACAGUGAGCGCUUUGCGGCCCUGGAGCAGGCUCAGGUGCUGGUGACCCGCUUCUGGGAGACCUACGAAGAACUGGAGCCGUGGCUGGGCGAGACGGAGAGCCUCAUCGGGCAGCUUCCGCCGCCCGCCAUCGACACGGACGCUCUGCGCCUGCAGCAGGACCAGAUGAGGCUUCUGAGAGAGUCCAUCGCCGAACACAAGCCGCACAUGGACAAGCUCCUCAAGAUCGGCCCCCCGCUGGCCGAACUGAGCGCGAGCGAGGGCCCCCGGGUGACGCAAUGCUACACCGAUGCCGAGCGCCGCUACUCGGCCAUCAAGGAUGAGGUCAAAGGUCGCGCGGGGCUGCUGGACGAGGCCGUGUCGCAGUCCGCUCAGUUCCACGACAAGAUGGACCCCCUUCUGGAGACCCUGGAGGCGGCCGUGCAGCGCCUGCGUCAGCCUCCGCCCGUGGCGGCAGAGGUGGACAAGAUCCGCGAGCAGCUGGCCGAUCACCGGGCGCAAGGUCUGGAGUUGGACAAACUGCUGCCAAGCUUCUCCGCCCUCUGCGCCCGUGGCGAGGAACUCAUCGGUCGGGCUGCCCACGACGACCCGGCUGCCCAGGCCGUCCAUUCCCGCCUGCUGCGCCUGCGCUCGCUGUGGGACGAGAUCCGCCAGCGGGCUGAGGACCGCGAGAGCAAACUCAAUGACGUGCUGGACCUGGCCGGCAAGUUCUGGGCCGACGUGUCUGCGCUGCUGAGCACGCUGCGUGACUCGCAGGACAUCGUCAAGGAGCUGGAGGACCCCGGCGUGGACCCUUCGCUCAUCAAGCAGCAGAUCGAGGCCGCCGAGGCCAUCAAGGCGGAGACUGACGGUCUGAGGGAGGAACUGGAGUUUGUCAGGACCCUCGGGGCAGAUCUUAUCUUCGCCUGUGGAGAAACCGAGAAACCCGAAGUCAAAAAGACCAUCGAUGAGAUGAACGGCGCCUGGGAAAGUCUGAACCGGACAUGGAGAGAAAGGAUGGAGAGGCUGGAUGAGGCCAUGAGCGCCUCCGUCCAGUACCAGGACGCUCUGCAGUCCAUGUUCGACUACUUGGACAACGCCGUCAUCAAACUGUGCGAAAUGUCGACAGUGGGCACUGACCUGGGAACGGUCAAACACCAGAUUGAAGAGCUCAAGCAGUACAAAGUAGACGUGUACCAGCAGCAGAUCGACAUGGAGAAACUCUGCCACCAGGGGGAGCUGCUGCUGAAGAAAGUUUCAGACCAAACUGACCGGGACAUGAUCCAGGAGCCGCUAACUGAGCUGCGCCACCUGUGGGAGAAUUUGGGGGACAAGAUCACUCAGAGACAGCACAAGCUGGAGGCGGCCCUGCUGGCCCUGGGUCAGUUCCAGCACGCCCUAUCUGAACUCCAGGCCUGGCUCACCCACACGUACACCACCCUGGACACCCAGCGACCAAUCAGUUCAGACCCCAAGGCCAUUGAGAUCGAACUGGCCAAACAUCACGUUUUGCGCAACGACGUGCUGUCCCACCACGCCACGGUGGACGCGGUCAACGCGGCAGCCGCCGAGCUCCUGGAGUCGUCUCCUGGGGACGAGGCCAGCCAUCUGAGGGAGCAACUGGACAAACUCAACCACAGCUGGCAGAACCUCCUGCUCAAGACCCAGGAGCGGCAGAAGUUGCUGGAAGCCGCCUUGCACCAGGCUGAGGGCUUCCAUGGCGAGCUGGAGGAGUUCCUGCAGUGGAUGAGGCGCACGGAGAGCCAACUGUCGGCGGCCAAGCCCACCGGAGGUCUCCCCGAGACGGCCAGGGAGCAGCUGGAGCAGCACAUGGAGCUCCAAAGCCAGCUGAGCCAGCGAGCCGACCAGUACCACCGGCUUCUGGACGCCGGCGAGUCCAUGCUUCUGGCUCGCGGCGAAGACGCGGGACCGGGAACUACGCAAACCCAGCAGAACCUGGCAAUGCUGCAGAACAAGUGGGCCAUCCUCAACACCAAGAUGGAUGACCGGCGGGCAAAGCUGGAAGAGGCUCUCUCGCUGGCGACCAGUUUCCAGACUUCCCUGCAGGACACCAUCAACUGGCUGACGCAGGCCGAGCAGACUCUCAAUAUGGCCCAGCCGCCCAGCCUCCUUCUGGACACGGUCCUCUUCCAGAUUGACGAGCACAAGGUUUUCGUCAACGAGGUGAACACGCACCGCGAGCAGGUCCUGGCCCUGGAGAAGUCUGGCUCCCAGCUGCGCUUCGCCAGUCUGAAGCAGGACGUGGUCCUCAUCAAGAACCUACUGCUCAGCGUCCAGGCCCGCUGGGACAAGUUGGUUCAGAGGUCUCUGGACCGCGGGCGGCACCUGGAUGAGGCUCGCAAGCGGGCCAAGCAGUUCCACGAAGCCUGGCGGAAGCUGUCCGACUGGCUGGAGGAGGCCGAGAACCGCCUGGACUCGGAACUGGAAAUCCCCAACGAACCGGACAGGAUCAAAGUCCAGCUGACCAAACACAAGGAGUUCCAGAAGGCGCUGGGAUCCAAGCAACCCGUCUAUGACACCACGGUGAGGUCGGGCCGGGCCAUGCGCGACAAAGCUCAGCUCCCGGAAGACACCCAGAAACUGGACCUGCUGGUGGGCGAAGUCCGAGACAAGUGGGACACCGUCUGUGGCAAGAGUGUGGAGAGGCAACACAAGCUGGAGGAGGCUCUUCUGUUCUCGGGGCAGUUUGCAGAGGCCCUCCAGGCUCUUGUGGACUGGCUGUACCGCGUGGAGCCUCAGCUCGCUGAAGAUCUGCCCGUCCAUGGCGACCUGGACCUGGUUUCCAAUCUCAUGGACUCCCACAAGGCCUUCCAGAAGGAGAUGGGCAAGAGGACGGGCAGCGUUCAAGCUUUGAAGCGCUCAGCUCGAGACCUCAUGGAGACGGGUCGCGACGACACGGCGUGGGUCAAAGUUCAGCUGCAGGAGCUGAGCAACCGCUGGGAGACGGUGUGCGCUUUGUCCGUCACCAAGCAAACGCGACUACAACAGGCACUUAAACAGGCGGAGGAGUUCCGCACAGCCGUGCAGAUGCUCUUGGAGUGGCUCUCCGAGGCCGAGCAGAGCCUUCGCUUCCGCGGCGUCCUUCCCGAGGAGGCGGAGACUCUCCAAGCGUUGUUGCACACCCACCGCCAAUUCCUGGGCACCGUGGAGGAGAAGAGGGCAGAGGUCAACCGGGCGGCGGGCAUGGGCGAGGCCAUCCUGGCCCUGUGCCACGCCGACUCCAUCACCACCAUCAAGCACUGGAUCACCAUCAUCCGGGCACGCUUUGAGGAGGUGCUGACGUGGGCCAAGCAGCACGAGCAACGUCUGGAGGCGGCGCUGACCGAGGUCCUGAACAAUGCCAACCUACUGGAGGAGCUCCUGUCGUGGCUCCAGUGGGCCGAGACCACCUUGGUGCAGAGAGACCUAGACCCCCUCCCGCAGGACAUCCCCCAAGUCAAAGGACUGAUCACAGAACACCAGAUGUUCAUGGAGGAGAUGACAAGGAAACAGCCGGACGUGGAUAAAGUGACCAAAAGUUACAAAAGGAAACCUGCUGAGCCUCCCAGCAGCUUGGCGGAGAGGAGAGGAGGCCGGCGGCAACAGCAGCAGCAGCAGCAUCAACAGCCGGCCUCGAUGCAGGUUUCCGGGACCAACCCCCGACUCAACCAUCUGUGUGCCCGCUGGCAGCAAGUUUGGCUUCUGGCACUGGACCGCCAGCGAAAACUCAACGACGCUCUGGACAGGUUGGAGGAGCUUAAAGAAUUUGCCAACUUUGAUUUUGACGUGUGGCGCAAGAAGUACAUGCGUUGGAUGAACCACAAGAAAUCGCGCGUCAUGGACUUCUUCCGGCGCAUCGACAAAGAUCAGGACGGGAAGAUCACGCGGCAAGAGUUCAUCGACGGCAUCUUGGCGUCCAAGUUCCCCACCAGCAAGUUGGAGAUGACGGCGGUGGCGGACAUCUUUGACCGAGACGGCGACGGCUACAUCGACUACUACGAGUUUGUGGCCGCCCUGCAUCCCAACAAGGACGCCUACAGACCAACCACGGACGCUGACAAGAUUGAGGACGAGGUGACUCGGCAGGUGGCUCAGUGUAAGUGCGCCAAGAGGUUCCAGGUGGAGCAAAUAGGGGAGAACAAAUACCGGUUCUUCCUCGGAAACCAGUUCGGCGACUCGCAGCAGCUCCGUCUGGUGCGCAUCCUGCGUAGCACCGUCAUGGUGCGGGUGGGCGGAGGCUGGAUGGCUCUGGACGAGUUCCUGGUCAAGAACGAUCCCUGUCGAGUUCAACAUCCCGGACUUAAGAUCCUUCGCUCCGACUCCAGUAGCUCCAUCUCAUCGCGUAUAGUGGCAGUCACUCCAGGCUAUUUCUGCUGCAGAGCGCGCGGGCGCACCAACCUGGAGCUCCGGGAGAAGUUCAUCCUUCCCGAGGGGACGCCGCAGAGCGUGUGCGUUUUGCGCUCGCGGGGCCGCCGCUCCAAGCCGGGCUCCCGCAACGCCUCACCCACCCGCUCCUCAUCCUCGGCCUCGCAUAGCGGCGCCUCGGCCCCCUCCACGCCGGCGACACCCACCGCGUCGGCUUCGUCCAGGUUGUCGCACACUCACUCUCGUGACUACGCCAAGCCGUGGUUGGCGCACAGUAAAAGCGCGUCGGCGAGCAAGUGUCAGUGCUGCGCGGAUGUCGGCAGCGAUGAGGGGGCGUCGUCGGGCUCCAAGCUGAAGCGUCCGACCUUCCACUCCAGUCGCGGUUCGCUGACAGGAGAAAACGGCGGGACGGCGCACGCCGCCAAACGAAGCGAUCCAAAGAGAGCCGGGUCGUCGGCUAGCGGUCCCGCCAGCCGCGCGGGCAGCCGGGCGGGCAGCCGGGCCAGCAGCCGCCGAGGGAGCGAUGCGUCAGACGCGUCGGAGCUGCAGGACUCUCGCUCCGUCUGUUCGGACGCGUCGGACACCCCACGGAGGCCCGGCGCCGGCGCCAAACCGUCCAAGAUCCCCACAAUCACCAAGAAGACGCCCAGCCCCAAAGCCCCCGGGUCCAGCAAGAAAUAAGACAAGUAAAAAAAACAUGUCCUCCUUUCACAUCGUGGCAGCCUUCUUGCAUCACUUGCUGGCAUCCAGUUUGUGUCAAGAAGUGGGGAGAGAAAAAAAAAAAAGGAAAAAGAUGGGGCCACAUGUGGUACACUCAGGAGAG